AUGAAUUGGACAGCUAUAUGUAUCAAACUGUGGGGCAUCAAAUUGUUGUCAGCUAUGCAAAAUGCAUGGGAUUACCACUAUUCAGAAGGCGAUUACAAGGAUCCACCAGGCAAGCUCUUUAAACAGGAUUGCUUUGACAGGCACCAUGAACUUAGUUACAAAAUGACUCCUGGCGAUGAAGUUGAAGAUAUGUUUCUUUUAUUAAAUGAAGUGAAGAGGCAAAUACCCGCUAUUGCAGCAGUUUCUUCAGGUGCAAUAGCAUCAGACUAUCAGAGGCUACGAGUUGAAAGCGUGUGUUCACGAUUAGGACUUGUGUCUUUAUCUUAUCUGUGGAAGCAAGAGCAGUCACUGCUCUUUCAAGAAAUGAUAUCAAGUGGGAUCGUUGCUAUCAUAGUGAAGGUUGCAGCUAUUGGAUUGCACCCUGCAAAGCACUUGGGAAAGGAGCUAGCUGAGUUGCAGUCCCAUCUUCAUCAUUUGAAUGGCUUGUAUGGAUCUAAUGUAUGUGGUGAAGGAGGAGAGUAUGAAACGUUGACCCUUGAUUGUCCUCUUUUUAAGUUUGCUCGAAUUGUGCUGGAUGAUUUUCAAGUUAUACUGCACUCUCCAGAUUCCAUAGCUCCUGUUGGGGUCCUUCAUCCUUUGGCUUUUCAUUUAGAACCAAAGGGAUUGUCUACAGAUUCUAGUAACAGCACUCUUUGUAAUGGGAUCUCCUUGGAGGAUAUGGAUGGUGUCUAUGAAAUUCAGGGAGAUAGCGCAUUGUUACAUGCAGACCCAAGCCAGUUUUCUGACUCUCUUUCUGAUGUCAUUGAAAAUACCUCUUAUCAUCUGCAAAUGUCAAAAAUAGACAGGGGGGAUACUUUCUCCAUCUGUUGCUGGUUACAAGAUUUGCACAGAUCCUCAACUGGUUUGCAGAAUGAUCUCAAAGUUGUUUUAUCUCAUCUUGAAUCACAACUCAAGCAAUGUGGUUUUAGUUGGGAGGAAGUGCUCUACAUUCAUAUGUAUAUUGCUGAUAUGAAUGAGUUUGCUGUGGCAAAUGAAACAUAUGUGAGCUAUAUAACUCAAGAAAAAUGCCAAUUAGGUGUUCCAUCACGCAGCAUAGUAGAGUUGCCUUUGUUGCAAGCAGGGCUAGGGAAAGCAUAUGUUGAAGUUUUGGUGUCACGGGACAAAACUAAAAAUGUUCUACAUGUACAAAGCAUUUCACGAUGGGCACCUAGUUGUAUAGGGCCCUACAGCCAGGCAACCUCACAUCAUGGAAUACUUCAUAUGGCUGGGCAACUUGGCCUUGACCCUCCGACAAUGACCCUUGGUGACGGUGGCAUUAUUUCAGAGCUGGAGCAAGCAUUGUUGAAUAGCGAAGCAAUUGCUGAUAGCUUUCGUAGUUCAAUAUCUUCCUCUGCAAUUUCAUUCAUUGUUUACUGUUCAAUACAAACUGUAUCCUUGAAUAGGGCUGAAAUGCAGGACAAGUGGGAAGGAUUUCUUGAGCAGUUAAAGAAACUUCAUUCAGCUAAAAGAAGUGGAUUUAAAGUAUUUAAUCCAAUUCAUUUGUUUGUCCUCGUCCCUCAACUGCCGAAGAGAGCUCUUGUUGAGGUAAAACCGACACUUUUCAUUGUGGAGGAUGAUACAGAUUCAGCAAGUGACACAGAUCAACCAGAUGCCGGUAAUGCAACUCCACAAAGUUACUGGGGGUUUCAGGAGGAUCUGUGGCAUGAUUCUUGCCUUCAAAAAUGCAUUAUGCUGAAAAAUAUAUGUGCAGUUAUGCUAAGCAUUACAGGUGAAAUUAUUGCAAAGAUCUGCAAUGACUCCCUCGUUUCUGAGCAUUCCCUUUCUGAAGGACAAACUGUAAAGGUCGCGAAGUUCUGCAUUUAUCUUAUCAACAAAAUCCUCACCGAAAACAUGUUUUCCUGGGAACAUGCCAUGUACUUGAGGAUUUACUUUCAAACUGGUUCUUUGGUACAAAUGGAGAUGUUAUCACUUACAUUCAGCCAAGCAUUCAAAGAAUUCGGAAUGAUCAAUCCGAAGUUUUAAGAGUGGCCAUGCCGAUCCCAUUUUUAACCUCAUUCCUGUCCUUGGCUCUGGGAGGUCUGCAACAUCUAUAGAUGCAGUAUUGACAUGUGAGUUGCUAACUCAGAAGCCUUCAUCUUAGAU